CUGACUGGUGGAGAAAUAAAAUUAGUGUGCGAUAUUUUACAGCAGAUUAUAAUAUUAAACAGACAUUACAAAAUUUUUUUGUUGUUUAAUAUAAUCCGUGGUUUUACGGUACGUUUUUUUCGGUAAUUUAACCCAAGGUUGAGUUUAACCUCCGUAUCAGCAGACGCUCUAGCCUUCAUGGUUUUUUUCUGUGCAUUUAUUAUCACUAGCUUAUCACUAACUUUCCAUACAUAAUUUCUUGCUAGUGCUUACAGAAUAGGUCGAUCGUUGGAACUUGGAGCCGGCUCAAUUUUUUCAGUUUAAAUCAGCUAAACAAUGAUAUUGAAAUGUUUUGGAUUUCGGCCGUUGUGCUUGAUGCGCUGUUUUAGUGAAGCGAUAGAAGUUAGUAAAAUGAAACGAAAACAUAGUCGGAAUGUCAAUUAUUAUGUGCCUUUACUUUCAGAAGUAAGGCGAGAGUCUAUUAAGAAAAUUGUUUCUUUACAAAUGUCUGGUCGAUAUUUGAGUUGUACCACUAUACUCAGAGAUGGUAACAUUCUUAAAGAUUGGAAGAUGCUUUACAUGCCAGAAGAUAUGAACAAAAUGAAUUUAGAUGAUGUCUAUAAUUCUGUUGCUGCACUCAUGAAAGAUUUACCUGAAAGUGAUAUUUACCUAAUUGAGAACUAUGUGAAGAUGCCAAACAAUGUGAAUGUUGCUGGUGCCAAUUUAUUUUAUGUUAAAUUACAAACACUUGCUAUGCUAAUAGCUCUUAUCAACAGCGGCCAAGCUGUAAAUACCCAAGAAUCUAUGAACAAAGUGAUACUAAUGAAAGCUCGUUUGCAUGCCAGACUAUUUCGAAUUAUUGUUGGUACAGAAAUCAUUUCAUCACAAGAUAUAACUGAAUUGAUGCUAAAAGGCGUCUUUCCUGAAUAUAUUACUCCUGUUGUUCCAGCAAUCGAUGCUAUUUUAUCUUAUAGAUCAGUUAAAGAACCAAUUUUAAGAGAACUUAUGUCCAAUGGUCUUAUGUUGGCGAUGGCUUUUGUUGAUCUAGUAUUGAAUUCAAAUUCAAAAAGUAUGCAAGCACUUAAUGAAAGUUCUAAGAGAAAAUUAAAAACCACAAAAAAAUUAUAAUUUUAAUGAUCAUUUAAUGAAACGAUAAAUACACAUUUGACUAGAGAUUUAAUUUUUAAAUAAACAAUGAUCUUGAAAAAAUAUA